AUGGAAGAUGCAAGCGACGGCAAAGGUGCGGCACUCUCGCUGGACAACAAUGAUCAGCUCUCGAGGCGGGUGCGCUCGGGGAGCGCGAGCAGCGGCCACAAGCGCAGCUCGUCCGGCUCAUUACUUUCGCGCCUCUCAUUUCUGCGAAUGAUCCAAGCGACUCAGAACGCCCCAGAACGAAGCCAUUCGGGCAUAGAGCGAGACGACAGCAGCGAUUUCGGCUCCGGCUUGCGAGGUGGAAGGGCAAUGUCGAAUGCGAUUCAACAGCACCGAAGAACGCGCAGGAGAAGGGGCUCCCUACGAAAGACCGCCUUGCUGGGCACCCGGUUCGAAUAUCGAGACAAGAAACUUCCUAGGCCAUCGGUGGACUUGCUGCGUGGAGACGAUGUCAAUCCCGACGGACAACCAUCCCUACCAGGAGGAUCAUCAUCGUCCCCUCUUCCUCCUUCCGAUUCGCAAUUACGCUCCUUCACCGAUCUAACCUCUCCCGAUAAUGAGACCAUUCCCCAGCGAAGCAGUUCAGGUCACCCCGAUCAUGGAGGAAAUACUUCUACGUGGACCCUUAUGGACGCACCCCAGCGAACCCGAAAUGCAGCCGCUCCCUCGCAUCGUCAGCAAAAUCAAUCCAAAGAAAGCAUCCUCGGCGAUGAGAUGACCACCGACGACGAAGAUAUCAUACCCUUCCCUCACCCCAAUACAUCAAACAGCGCUAUCGCCGCUGCUGCUGCCGCCGCCGCUGCCGCCGCAACAACCACCACCGGCCUCCACCUCCCAACCGCUUCGUCCAGCUCCGACUCAUACUAUGCCUUACAAGCCAACUCGACGGCCUAUCGACCACUUCACCGCGCCAAAUCGCCCCUGGCAACUCACUCCGCCGAUAUUGUCAGCACCUCGGAGAUGGUAUGGGACUAUUCGGAGACAGAAUGGUGGGGGUGGAUAAUACUGAUUGUGACGUGGCUGGUGUUUGUUGUCGGAAUGGGAAGUUGCUUCGGUGUUUGGAGCUGGGCGUGGGACGUCGGAGAGACGCCAUAUGCCCCUCCAGAGCUGGAGGAUGACCCUACGUUACCCAUUGUGGGGUAUUAUCCUGCAUUGAUUGUGUUGACGGCCGUUAUGUCGUGGGUUUGGGUCGUUGUUGCUUGGGUGGGGAUGAAGUAUUUCAAGCAUGCUAAUAUAUCUGGGGAGGAUAUAUGA